AAUGCCUAAAAAAAGGAGCCAAUCAGAUCAGACUUGCCAAAGGCAUUAAUGAAUCUCUUUCUGUGCUGGCAGGCAGCUUAACUCUGUAGCAAGUGGCAACAGGUUUUUCCCCUAGCAAAAAUUCUAGGAAGUGGGGAGGGUUGCUAUGGGGUGAUAGAUGUUUUGAGGAAUGCUGAAUCCCAAAGUCAGGCCUCAGACUCCACUGUAAACAAAUUAAACAAGCUCUUGAGGAGUUAACUGGAAUGCCUAAAAUGAAGAUGGAGAUCUUUGGAUGUUCUAGGAGAGAAACAACAGCAGCAGUGGGAGAAACUGAAAGAACCAGGAUCAGUACUUUCUUACUUUUAAGGAAAUCCUGGAGUUUUCUGUACGCAUGGCAACACAUGAAAAAUUCACAGCAGCUACAUACCGAGCACCUGUUGCCAUCUAUUGUGGGACCAUCCCCAAAGUGAAACCUAGAUGCAGAUCACAGAGAGGAGGGAGCAUUGAUUCCAGUUUUCAGCUCUGUGGGAAUGGUUGGUCGACUGCAGAUGAUGCAUCUCUUCAUUCAGUAUUAAAGCAAGGAUGUCUGUGGGGAGGCAAAGAGGAAUCUCUGGAUAUUUCUUCCCUGGAGCCCUGGGACAAUAGGAACAGCUUUGAGAAGAAAAAUAUGGAUCACAUAGCCAUGCAGGACUCUUCUCAGCUGCCCAGCAUCCAGCCAAGACAGCAGCCAAGCAAACAGGAAGUGAGCAGUGCAGCCCUGGAGACUGCUCAGAUCAAGGACAAGCUCAAGAAGAGGAGAAUGUCUGAAGGCGUACUUGCAUCAAAUAAAGGUUUGCUUGACCCUGCUGGUCCCAAAGGACCUGACCUGAAACCAGUUGUUUCCAGAUCUGCCUCUCAAAGACUCUUGAUCACUUCUAAGCCCAUGCCUCCAAUUCAGAGCAUCCCCACUUCUCCAGAGACCAGCAGACUCCAGGAAACAGAUCAGAAAGUGUUGAAGAAUGACACAGAGUGCUUAGAAGUUGGAGGCAAUUACUCAGAGAACAAAGCAACCACCCAACAGUUUUUACAUGGCCAGAAUGAGAGUCUGAGAAGAUCUUUACGUGCUGCUUUGAUCCCACCCAUCCCCAAGUCGGCAAAGGCCCAUGAAGGAAGAUCUCAGAAGUUUGAAGAACCUCUUCCAAGUUCAUCACAGUUGGAACCUGUUUCUUUUCCUACUGAGGAGUCUAUCAGGCUGAAGUCACAGACACCAUCUUGUAAUACUGAAGAAAACACCUUUGAAAAUCUGGAAACUGAAACUUCAGAACUCGCUUCCAGAAAUGGCUUUUCUACAGCACUGAAGGUUACUGGUUCUCCAUCUGAAUCCUUAUUACCAUUAGCCACCUCUUCCUUCAGUCUGGCCAAGGAUGGAGGAAGCCAGCUUUCAGUUCCUCAUCUUAUAAAAGAUGAUGAGUGGAAGGAGAGCAAUGGAAGGAUCCAUGUGAUGAUUUCCAAGUCAGCUCAGGAGAAGAUGCGCCAGAAGCAACUGAAGGAAAUAGAGCUUUUACGCAAAGAAAGAGAAAGGGAAAAAGAGAAAGAAAAGGAACGAACCAUGGUGCUCCAAGACCGACUAAAGAAAACUUCUCAGGAAGGUUCUGCUCCUCUUAAUAGUAAUGGGCCCAUCCCUGUUGUAAUCAGCUUGAGCAAACACUGCAGACCUCCUGUUGGAUCAUCCUUAAAGAAACGGGUGAACCGUCCCUCUCUCCCCAACAUUCCGGUUAUUAACCAUGACAGUAGCUUCAUGAGGAAUGCUUCAGCUAACUCCUUGCCAGCAAAUCUCCAGGAUUCUCCAGAAUGGGAGGAGGACCUUGUAAACAGAGAUAUCUUAGAAAUAAGGCCUUUGUCUCAUCCAGAACAGGGGCUAGUGGAUGCCCUGAAGUGGCUAAAUAGCAAUGAUUGGCAUUUGAAGGAGAAAGGACUCUUCAGUAUCAGAUGCCUGGCUACUUGCCAUUCAGAAGUUCUCCAGUGUAGGCUUCAUGAUGUUUCCUUGGCAGCCAUGAAAGAGGUUGGGAAUCUGCGGUCUAAAGUGUCUCGGUUUGCUAUUGGAACACUUGGCGAACUCUUCAAAGCCAUGAAGAAGCAUAUGGAUCAAGAGGCUGAGGAGAUUUCUCGAGUCCUUCUCCAGAAAGCGGGUGAUUCUAGUGAAUUUAUCCAAAAAGCAGCUGACCAGUCCUUAGGCAUCAUGGCACGGAGUGUGACUCCCUCACGAGCAAUGGCAGCCCUCAUGGCCAAUGGGGUGAACCAUCGUAAUCCUCUCAUUCGUAAAUGUGCUGCUGAACACUUGCUGACUGUUGUGGAGCAGAUUGGAGCUGAGAAAUUGCUUUCAGGCAACCGGGAGAGCACAGAAGCACUGGUACAGAUAUUAGUCAAACUUGCUCAGGACCGCAACCAAGAGACAAGAUUUUAUGGCCGGAAAAUGCUGCAUAUGCUUAUGUCCCAUUCAAAAUUCGAUGGGUACUUGAAGCAGUGCCUACCGUCACAUGACCUGCAAGAUGUCAUGGCUGCAAUUAAGCAGAAAGGAACAGAAGACCAGAUAUCCCAGGCACUUUCUGCCAAAAGUCACAGAGGUUCCAAGAGCAGCAGCUUGGCGACCUCACUGGACAGUCUGCCUUCAAAUGAAGGGUCCAUCACUCUAGCCCUGCCACAGCCUAUGGCUCGACGCUCAUCCCUUCGCAGCAUUGAAGUGAUGGAGCAGCUUAGGGAGCUGAACAUGCUGCUGAUGGCAAAGGAAUUUCAGACACGAAUGAAAGGAAUAACAUUACUAAUGGAGUACUGUGAGAACAACCCCCAACUUGUUUCUACAAACAUCAUACAGAUCUUUGAUGCAUUUACUCUGAGACUUCAGGACUCCAACAAGAAAGUGAAGCAGUAUGCUUUGGAAUCGCUUGUCUCUAUGAUCCCUAGCCUUAAAGAUGGCUUAAAUCCAGUUCUGGUAUCUGUGGGGACUGUGGUCACUGACAACCUAAACUCAAAGAAUUCUGGGAUUUACAGCGCAGCAGUGAAGGUGCUGGACACAAUGAUCACGCAUCUAGAUAAUCUUUUUCUGCUUCAAACAUUUGCCAGCAGGGUGCGUUUCAUCAGUGGCCAAGCUCUGCAGGAUAUCACAGAUCGCCUGUCAGUUCUUGUGGUUUUGGCUUAUCCACAGAAAGCUCAGUCUGUGGAACGUCAUGCCCUUCCUAUUCUCUGGUACUUCCUGAACAACAUGAUCGGCAAUGGUGUAUUAUCUGGAAAGAGUGGGAACGUGAGGACUGUGGUCUCUAAACUGGCUAAGAGUCUUUUCAAGCAAAUGGGACCCAAACUUAUAGAAUAUGCCUCCAGCCAACCACAACAUGUGAUUAAACUCUUGCAUGAUCUUCUAGAUACAGACUUCCAGUGAAGAAGGCUGACAUUCCCUGGGACCAUAUGCAAUGUGCCACUUCAGGAGGGGGGGGGGAAUGAAGUGAUGGACAAUGAUGCAUUUAUUUAAUUAUACUAUUUUUAUGUGUAAUGAACAACUGCAUAAAGUAACAAUGCACUAUGGAAAAUGUAAAUAAUAUAUUUUGUGGUAGAAGUAAAUCACAUAUUUUUCUAAGGCUUAAGCUCUUAAACUUUUGACUCAUAAAAACAUAGAUUUGAUUAUGAUGAUGAUGAUGAUGAUACAACUGUAAUUCUUAUAUGUAUAAAAAAGAAUACUUUAUUUAUGUAAUAAAUGUGUGUGAAAGAAAGGAUGAUAAAGAUGAACCUCUAGACCUGAAUUCUAUUCCUAAAUGAAGGAGACCUAUUGAAUCGAUAGGGUUUAUCUAAAUGUCGAUUCAUCAUUUAUCAGUUGAUUCAACAGGUCUACCCUAGAAGGGAUUACCAAUCAGGUUUAGGUCUACAUCAUGGACAAUACAUUGCACUAUAGUAGACUGCCAAUUGUAGAUUGUUAAUUACAAGGGCAUCCAUGGGAUCAUUUGAUGCUGGCUGGGUUAUUCCUGUUUAAACUGGUGUCAAACCACAUCACCUUUUCAAAUAGCAAAGCCUUUCCUCUUUUUCCAUUACAGUGGAAAUGACAAGACGGAAGCUUUGGAUGGGUGUGGGUAGUGAAUAGAUCAGAAUAAUAAACUGUUUCUGUGAGACAACACCAUUUGGGUAA